AUGGCGAGAGAGACCCGCGAAAUAUCAUCUUCAUCCGAAACUCCACCUCCCUCGAGUAUUGAAUCCAAUGCGACACUUUUAAGGAAGACAUCGAAUCUCAGCUUGGAGACACGCAAGAAGAAACCCGAAGUCGUUGAUUUGACGGGUGAGGAUAAUCGACCAUGCACACCACCGGAACAAACACCACAGGUAUUUCCGGCGAGGGACUUCCUGAUGAUAACACAAACCCCUCAAAAGCAAAGUACAGUAUUAUCAGCAACUCCAGGAAGCAGCACCAACAAACGCAAAUUUGACCAAGCGAUCCAACCUCCAAGCGGAGUCUUCGAAAAAUCAGCCACUCCACUUGACCCUGAACCCCAAACACCUAGCACAAAGAGAAGCAAGAAACCAUCAACAAGAAUGGGCAAAGCGAUCGAUAUCGAAACCGGAAAAAUCAGCUCUUUCAAAGACCGUCUCGACGAAGAAAUGCGCGGGGCAUGCGAUGCGGUACCCAGAUCGCCUGAGGAAUCGGAUGACGAAUACUUUGCAAAAGUCUGGGAAGAGAUAUCAAUGCAACGAGUGAAUAAUCCGUUAUGUCUCAAUUGCGGGAGACUGACGAAGAAAUGGAUAGUGAAAGCAGAUAAUCCGAUUGGCAAUGCGGGCAGGACUAGCUAUCGAUGCGAUCGUUGUGGGAAGUGGCAUGGAUGGGGUGACCUGCGCGGGAUCGUGGAGGGUGGACAAACGUGUUAUUGUAAGGGGGAUGGGAGAGAUGGGAGAAAGUUGGCGAGAUUGGCGGUAGCAUCUGGGAGGGGGCAGAGGGAAAAGGGGACGCUGUAUUGGACUUGUGCGAGGAUUGGGGGUGAGUGUGAGGGUUAUUAUGAGGAUUAUACGGAUUUGGAGGGGAAUUUGAGGGUGCUUAGUGAUGAGGAAAGGAAGAAGUGGAUGGAUCGGAAAUUAAUUUGA